AUGAGUCCCUUGUCCUCACAGCCGCCUUCCAAAUCUGCAACCCAUACAGAUCUCCAGGCUAACAAGUACAUUCCUCCAUGGACAUCGCCAUACAUUAUUGGAGUGGCAGGAUUCUCCGGAUCAGGCAAAACUACCGUGGCACAGAAGAUCAUUGAGCAGAUCAACGAGCCAUGGACUGUUCUUCUCUCAAUGGAUAAUUUCUACAAGCCGCUCACUCCUGAGCAGCGAGAACUCGCUUAUCGAAACGAAAGGAAAAAAACACAGGUGCCAGUGUACUCGUUCGCCUUGCACAACAGAACAGAAGAAAAGAUAUCCAUCUACGGAGCUAACGUCAUCAUAGUGGAAGGUAUCUAUUCACUGUACGAUCCAAAAGUGCUUGCCCUCAUGGAUACCAAAAUCUACGUGGAUACAGAUUUGGACAUUUGCUACAGUCGCAGGCUUUUAAGGGACAUCGUGGAGAGGAAAAGAGACAUCGAGGGUAUCAUCGAGCAGUGGGAAAAAUUUGUCAAGCCCAGCUCUGUUGCCUCUGUGAAGCCAACUAUGUACAACGCAGAUAUUGUCAUUCCACAUGGAUCAGACAAUACCAAAGCUAUCGACAUGAUCAUCAAACAUAUACGGAAACAGCUGCAAAAAAAAUCAGAAGAGCACCUUGCGCACCUCGCGCGACUGGGGAGAAUGGUUGCUCCUAUCAAUUACAAUAAUAUCAAGGUUCUGCCCAAAACUAACCAGCUGCUUGGAAUGAAAAGUAUAAUUCUCAACAGAGAAACGUCGAACGACGAUUUUAUUUUCUACUUUGACCGGAUUGCGAGCACGCUAAUUAGCGAGGCGUUGGAGCUCGUCCAUUACUCUCCAGCACCAAAUGACAUAUUUACGCCCAGCGGCUACAGAAUCACAGACGGCGUUGUGCAGGCCCAGGAGGUGGUGGCAGUUAAUAUCAUCAAGUCUGGAGACUGUUUCAUGAGAUCGCUCAGGAAAAUCAUUCCUGAGGCGAUUGUGGGCAAGGUUUUGAUUCAGUCGGACUCCCAGACGGGCGAGCCGCAGCUGCACACUGAAAGACUUCCUCAAUUUUCUCCAGGUUGCAAAGUUCUGCUAUUUGACGCCCAGGUGAUAUCUGGAGCCGCUGCCACGAUGGCUGUCAAAGUGAUACUCGACCACGGUGUGGAAGAGUCAGAGAUUGUGCUUGUGGUAUAUCUUGCGUCGGAAACAGGGCUCCGUCGUAUACUGAACGCCUUUCCCAAUGUGAAAGUAGUGGUUGGAAACCUAUCUGCCGUCGAACCCAAAGAAGGACAGGACAACGACACAGACUGGUGGAUGAGCAUGAGAUUCAUCGAUGCCAGGUAUUUUGGUACAGAUUAA